AACUUCUGUCAUCGCACACUUUCAUUCUUUCAUUCCCUUCAUUACCUCCUUCAAUCACCUCCCUUCACCCUUCACUUCCAUCAAUAGCUUCCCUUUCCUCUCUUUUAUUCCUCCAACUCUUCUCACUCCCCUCACUCCUUUAAAGGCAUCUACACCCCAUAAUCUGUCGUUGCUAAAACGGACUGUCUGAGCAUAGCCUCACUCUUUCCUCUUUCCUGCAGACAGAUUUUUCUCCCCCUGUCUCAUUCUAUUGCACUUGAUCUACUACAGUGUAGCCAUGACCAGCACAAAAGAUAUCAACGACCCUUUACAGUGUGGCCAAGACGAGGUCAGUAGUAAUGAUACACAGAUCGUUGCCUACAAUAGCCCCAGCCACGAUCUUGAGCAUUCACCCAAGACAGGUCGCAAAUCCUAUCAAUUUCGAGCUCUGGGAAGAAAAACUCUCUCUUUUCAACGUCGUCAAGUAUUUGUUAAUGUCUGCUGCAUUGGUUUGUGUCCGAUCUUAAUGGUCAUAAUCGCUGGAGCCAUGGGCAUUGGAAUCACAGCCCUGAUCAAUAAUCUAGGCAAUCCAUCAGAUUAUCUGCUGUGCUCUGAUGUAGAUGCCAUGACCCCACGUGGUUUUCCACUGGUACCAUCCUUUUCAAAAGAGAUUGUCGAUUUCCCUUCGUCACUAGGAUCAUCUAUACCCAAUGCUCCUGCAGAUAAAACCAUUAAACACGUCAAUUGGUACAUUGUCCCCGGUCGUCUUGGCUUUGGAAGCUCGCCCACCAUCUCCGCCGAUAGUUGUGUGUGGUGGUUCGAGAAAGAUUACCCCUAUUCUAGUCCCUAUGCCAAGGACCCCAAUAUCACCUCUCCUGGUGCCAAUCUGGACAGUACCUAUAAGGCACAGCCUAAGGGCGGAUGGUUGGGCUCCGCGCAGCUGAUUGCACCUAUCGAGUUGACGGCACAGCAAACAUAUCCUUGGCUUCUGACAGCUGAUGAAACUGGAGGGCUUGCAGGAACGCGACCUAAACAACCUCAGGUGGAUGCAAAGUCAGGAAAUCUAACGGGUCAGCCUUUCGGUACAGGCCUCUUGGGAGGCAUGGAAACGCGCUACUAUACUAAUAUCACUGUGGAUCCUAGUGUUGGAUUUCCGGCUCUUACAGGAUUCCAAGCAGUACCAUACUACCAAAAAGCCUCCCAAUCGGAAGAUGCUAAAGAUGUUGAUGAAGCGCUAACCAAUCAGAUUAGGAAUUUGAUUGAAGGUUUGGCGCGCGUAGACAAGUCUGCCAUCCGCGCCAAGGACCCCACACCAGAGCAACGCAUCAAAUACUAUUCAGAUAUUGGCACAUUAGUGCAAGGAAUGCCCAUUGGAGCAGUUGUAUUUAAUACUAUUGAUACUACAGCUAGAAAGUUCGGUUAUACCCUUCAAAUUGGCAAGGAUAUUCGUCUUUCACAAGCGGCAAACUAUCCUGAUCGGGGCUUCCGUCUGAUGCAGCAGCACACCUCACUUACUGCCGCCAUCUUGAAAUCAUCACCCACUGCCAAUGCAACCAAGAUCACUCAUGGCUUCCGUGGGAUGCCCCAAUUGUUCACAACAAAGGCGGAGAUCCCAAUCGCCUCCUUGGUUGGAAGGAUCUUGUAUCCAUUUGGAGUAUCGUUUUUGUUGCCCAUUUUUGUCAUUACUCUAGUCAAGGAAAAAGAAGAUCGUAUUCUCGUGAUGAUGAAAAUGAGUGGACUCAAGUCAAUCACAUACUACGUCGCCCACUAUAUCCAUUUCUAUAUCUUGCACAUCCUUUCUUCGUUAAUGUUCAUCAUCGCAGGUAUAGCGUUCCGCAUGCCUUUCUUUACUAAGGUCGACCCUGGUGUUUUUAUCCUUCUUUUCUUUUUUUGGGGUCAUGUCCAAAUCGCACUCGCUUUUUUCCUCUCAUGCUUCUUCAGCAAAUCUCGAACUGCUCUUGUGAUUGUCUUCCUGCUCGUACUCUGUGGCGUUAUCGUAUCGCUUGCAACUGAAAACAUCUUUCAAAAUGACCCUGCACCCAUCGGAUACUUUGUGUGGCCAGCUUUUGCAUUCUAUAGAGCAUUGUCUGUCAUUAAUCGAUCCAGCUAUGACAGCGCAUAUCAGCCAUACAAAAUGUCGGAUCUCAAGGGGUCGGAUGAAGUUUUUCAGGUCAUAAUUGCAAUGAUCAUUGAAACAUUUGUGUUUUUAGCCUUGGCAUUCUAUUUGACCGAGGUCUUUCCUACAGAAUUUGGUGUCCGUCAGCCAUGGCAUUUUAUCAUAUCAAAGCCUUUUAAACGACUUUUCAAGAAAAAGAGGGAGCAGAAUGAUGUGGAGGGGCAAGUUCGACAGGAUAAUAUAGGAUCGAUGCGUGAAAGGGUGCAAGGCGAGAUCCCUUUGGAUCCUGAGGAAGUCAAAUACGAAGAUGAUGAUGUGAAGAAGGAACGGACGCGCGUCUUGCACGACGAAUAUUCGCCUGAUUGUCCAUUGGUGAUGAAAAAUAUGCGCAAGAUCUAUCCAUCGAACAAGAAGCUGGCAGUUAAGAAUGUUACCUUUGCCGUUGAUAAAAAUACCAUAUUCGGCUUGCUUGGACCUAAUGGUGCAGGAAAGACGUCGUUAAUCCAUAUCUUGACGGGUCUUUAUGAACCUACACAAGGAUGGGCACGUUUGGCAGGUUAUGAAUUAGAUACAGAAAUCAAAGAUGUUUACCGCAACAUUGGGAUUUGCCCUCAGCAUGAUAUUUUGUGGGAUGACCUGACUGUUGGGGAACACCUUUACUUUUAUGCACGUCUAAAGGGCGUGGCUGCUGUAGAUGAGCGUGCUGCCGUUCUAUCAUCGCUGAAUGCAGUUUCGCUUGUUCCGUUCGAGGAUCGUUUAACUAAAGGACUAAGUGGGGGAGAAAAACGUCGUCUGUCGAUUGCCAUUGCGCUGGUUGGUAAUCCAGGCAUUGUGUUCUUGGACGAACCUACGACGGGUCUUGACAUUUCUGUCCGGCGCCUCAUCUGGGAUAUCGUCUUCAACGCAAAGCAAGGGCGGACGAUUAUAUUGACAACACACUCCAUGGAGGAAGCUGAAGUGCUCUGCUCCAGAAUUGGCAUUAUGGCUAAGGGAACACUACGCUGCAUUGGAAAUCAGAUUCGACUCAAGGAUCUAUAUGGGCGUGGAUUCAAAAUCACAUUCGCUAGCAAACCCGAAAAUACAGAACGGGCAUCGCAUUACAUAUCAUCCUUGCUUCCUCCAAAUUCUAAGAGGCUUGACUCGUUUGUGACCUCUGAGUCAUGGGAGUUCGACAAUUCGCCUGGAUUAAUUCAACGUCUGUUUGAGGAGAUUGAAGCCCAUAAACAUGAGCAUGGUAUCGAUGACUGGGGCCUGAGUCAGACAACUCUGGAGGAAGUCUUCUUGAGAAUCAUCCAAGAGGAGGAUGCUGACGCAUAAAUGAAAACGACAUUUUAUACCAGAUGACAACCAUCCAAUUGUUGUAGGAUUGUAGCUCUAUCAUUCUAAAAAAAGUUAUGCAAAAUAGACAACACUCAAUGUGGCUGAGUAUUCUGAGUAUUUAUAUGGAUCACAAAGGGUGAAUUGCCA